CUCGUACUAUUGCAAAGUUUGAUCUAGUAUCUAUCAAUUUCUUUUUGAUAAUUCAUUAAUAUCUCUUUUUGCACACGAUGAGAACUAUUGUUCCGAUACUUGUACUUUUCCUUAUACAAUGCACGUAUUUACGUGCCGAACCUAACGUGCUGGAGAAAUUGUCAAAUUCCUGUAUUUUCGGCGUUAAAUCGGUAUCAUUAUAUCUGUAUAACAGCCAUGUUACAGGCGAACAAGUUCAGGAAAAUAAGCUCUGUAACAAUAUUGAUCCGUCGCAAUCGUUCAUCUUUGUAGUCCAUGGCUUCAUUAGUUACGCAAAUUCGUCUCAUACUAGAGAUCUGGACAUGCAAUUGAAACAUAAUCACACAGUAUUUGCGCUGGAUUGGGCUCAAGGAGCUUGCACAGAUGGGUUGCCCAUCUUGAAGUUCAUGGAGUAUCCUAGUGCGGUAAUCAACACUCGAGAGAUAGGUCAUCUUUUGGCAAAUUAUACCAUUACCUUGAUGAAAAAAUGUGGUGUUCCAUUAGAAAAGAUAACAUACAUCGGUCACAGCCUCGGCGCGCACGUGAGUGGUUUCGCUGCGAAAAAUAUGCAGAGUCUUGGCUUCACGAUUGAACAUAUCAUUGGUGCUGAUCCCGCAUGGCCGUUAUUCAAACACAAUGACUGUCAAGACAGACUUUGCGACUCGGAUGCCAAAUGUGUAGUAGUUCUCCACACAUCAGAUCUUGGGAUACAGUUCAAAAUAGGUCUCCUCGAUUUGUACUUCAAUGGUGGACACAUACAACCAAAAUGCGGCAUAAAUAUCUCUUGCUCACACACGAGAGCUAUUAUUUAUAUAACAGAUAUUUUUAAAAAUAAUUGUGGAUUCCUUGGUGUUUCUUACAGUUCAUCCCCUUAUCCUGAUUCUAAUACAACAGAUUGCAUUGUCGUGAAUAGCAAUAUAUUAGAUUGCAACAAUUCCACAAAGGGAACAUAUUAUUUAUUCGUUGACAAGGAUUCUCAUUGUACACAGGAAACUUUCAACUGUAAACAGUAAUAGCAGUCGUUAAAUUUGAAAUGUCAGUUUUUUUUUAAUAAGAGAAUAUA